AUUACGUCAUCCAAUCAGAAACCAAAGAUAAAAUAGAUAUGUAAUGUCAAUAAUCGCUCUCGGAAUGAUCAAAUUCACUGCGGUUGCAAACGCUGUAAAAUAUGACGUGUCUAAAUGAGAAAAUGUAAUGUACAGAGUCGAUGAGUUCGAGAUUAGUGACGCUGGAAGGACAUAAAGAAAAAAUAAAAAAUGCCGGGCACUCUGACGUAUCCAAUCUACGUUGGUGUUGAUUCACACCCACUCAGAAGACGUGCCCAUACAUGGACCGCACAACAUCGUUCUGCAUCACGUGUGGCAGAAAUCAAUUCGCAAUUUGAUCGAAUGUCCCUGUCGGAAUCCAUGAGAGACGAAACGAGCAAGUUGAGGCUAAAAGUAAUCGCUGGGCAUCACUUAGCUAAGAAAGAUAUUUUUGGUGCAAGCGAUCCCUAUGUACGCGUGGACUUGAAUACAAUAAAUGGCGAUCAGACAGUGGAUUCUGCACUUACAAGAACUAAGAAGAAAACAUUGAAUCCUGUCUGGGAAGAAGAGUUUAUAUUUAGGGUUAAACCAGUAGAACAUAAAUUGGUUUUACAAGUUUUUGAUGAAAAUAGAUUGACAAGGGAUGAUUUUCUUGGUAUGGUUGAGUUAACAUUGAUUAAUUUACCAAAGGAACAAGAAGGUCGCUCUAUUCCUGCUAGGAAUUAUGUACUUCGUCCACGUAGUCAGCGGUCACGAGUUAAGGGAACAUUGGAACUGUAUCAUGCAUACAUUUCCGACUCAACUAGUAUUGAAAAUGACAACGGAGACGUAUCUGAUUCAGGCGGAUGGGAAUUAGUACAGCCAGAGAAUAACAGUCCAGUAGAGCAAAGUGCAGAUAUUACGAUAGUCAAUAGGCCUUUACCACCGGGCUGGGAAGAAAGACAGGACGCAAAUGGCCGGACAUACUAUGUUAAUCAUAUAGCGCGUUUCACACAAUGGGAACGACCAGAACCAGAUACAACAGCGACGAGUGGAAUUGUUGAACAACGUAAUUUGGAUACAGCAGCUACUGAAUUUCAACGGCGAUUUCAUAUUAGUGCCGAUGAUGAAGGUAGACAUAGGAACUCUGUAGUAAAUCAGGAUGGUGAAGUUCUACGCGAGGACGAUGAAGAUUCGGAAGCAAGAGAUUGUGAGGGUGGGGAUCAUAGGGGAGGGGGUAUUGGGGAUACUUCUUCAGACUCCGGACGUUCUGUCGAUCAACGUGGCUACCUUAGUGAAUCUGAAGAACAGACUGAUGACAUCGACAGUCCGGCUGGUUCGAGACGUUCAUCAGAGCAGAUUGAUAGCCCCAAACCUACUCUUCCUGUGUCUAAUGACGAAGGAUUGCCCCCUGGUUGGGGCAUGCAAGUAGCACCUAAUGGUAGAAUAUUUUUUAUUGAUCAUAAUGAGAGGGCGACAACCUGGAUUGAUCCCAGAACGGGAAGACCAAGCUCUAUACCUAAUAAUAUUGCACCAUCAACGACAUCAAGAAGUGAUUUAGAUCAAUUAGGACCACUUCCAGAAGGAUGGGAGGAAAGAGUACAUACAGAUGGACGAAUCUUCUUUAUAGACCAUAAUACACGAACAACACAAUGGGAAGAUCCGCGUAUGUCUAAUCCUCAAAUUGCUGGCCCGGCUGUACCAUAUUCAAGAGAUUACAAGCGUAAAUAUGAAUAUUUGAAAUCACAAUUGAGAAAGCCUAAUAAUGUUCCUAAUAAGUUUGAGAUAAAAGUUGGCCGAAAUAAUAUUUUGGAAGAUUCAUAUCGUAUUAUAAGCUCUGUUAACAGAGUUGAUAUUCUAAAAACGAAAUUAUGGGUAGAAUUUGAAGGAGAGGUAGGCUUAGAUUAUGGUGGCCUUGCAAGAGAAUGGUUCUUCUUAUUGUCUAAGGAAAUGUUUAAUCCAUACUAUGGACUCUUUGAGUAUUCUGCAACUGAUAAUUAUACACUGCAAAUUAAUCCUUGUUCUGGUGUAUGUAAUGAAGAGCAUUUGAAUUACUUUAAGUUUAUUGGGCCUUUCUUUAUUCGACCAUUUUACAAAAUGAUGUUGGGUAAACCAAUUGAUCUGAAGGAUAUGGAGAGCGUUGAUUCUGAAUAUUACAACUCGCUUUUAUGGAUUAAAGAAAAUGAUCCUAGUGAAUUAGAACUCACUUUCAGUCUUGAUGAAGAAAGCUUUGGUCAUACAUCCCAAAGAGACUUAAAGCCAGAUGGUGCUAAUAUUCCUUUGACCGACGAAAAUAAGGAUGAAUAUAUAAGUUUAGUUAUACAAUGGCGGUUUGUAUCUCGCGUACAGGAACAAAUGAAUGCCUUCCUGGAAGGUUUUAAUGCUCUUAUACCACCAACAUUAGUAAAAAUAUUUGAUGAACAUGAACUGGAAUUGUUAAUGUGUGGUAUACAGCAUAUUGAUGUGAAAGACUGGAAACAAAAUACUUUAUAUAAAGGAGACUAUCACGCAAACCACAUUGUUGUACAAUGGUUUUGGAGAGUCGUUUUGUCAUUCAGUAAUGAAAUGCGUUCUAGAUUAUUACAGUUUGUAACUGGUACAUCACGUGUUCCAAUGAAUGGAUUCAAAGAACUUUAUGGAAGUAAUGGACCGCAAUUAUUUACAAUUGAGAGGUGGGGUACACCAGAAAAUUAUCCAAGAGCUCAUACUUGUUUUAAUCGUAUUGACCUUCCUCCGUAUAAAAAUUAUCAACAACUCAGGGAUAAGCUAGUUAAAGCAAUUGAAGGUUCUCAAGGCUUUGCUGGAGUCGACUAGCACGAAAUACCUUUGUUCAUGAUGAUAUCUGUAAUAUAAUAAUGUAUAUAUUACAUAUACCUUAUAGAGGUACACAG